AUGGCACACCCCAAUUGCUAUCAGCCUAAUGGCAAGUGCGAAUUCUCGGAUGGUGGAAUACCCGGAUCAUGCUCUGACACCUCGGGCAUGCUGACAGACGCGGAAGUCGCGUCAAAGAACAAUUCACUCGAUGUCCAUACGUUCUAUGAUCCGGAGACAACGUUCACCUUCAGCCGAUGCCUGAGCGGGUGGAUGACCUGGGCAAUCGACCAGGAUGAUGGCGAUUUUGACGCGCUUGCCGGAGUUAUCGGCGAGGACCUCUCAGUCAUCCAGAUGCAGGGUGGUGGCUUAUCCGGGGAUGCUGCUAACGCCCUGGCUGACGCUUUAGCCGCCUAUACUGGCCAAAACGGCUUCGUCACACCGCGCUGCACUGACGGCUCAAGUGGGGAGAAGAACCCCGACCAGGUGUGCCCAUCAGGAUACAUGUCGGUCAGCACUGCGCACAAUCCCCUGCAGGCGGGCAAUAAGGAGCUCCAUGGCGACUGCUCUGAGGGAUGGUACUAGCACAUCUGCUGUCCCAAGGAUGCCAUGCCCAGAACAGCG